CACAUCAAUAACUACUUGUUAGAAAAGUCUCGAGUUAUCCAUCAGAAUAAAGGCGAACGAAAUUUCCAUAUAUUUUACGAGUUAUUGAACGGCGCCGACGACCAGACACUCACACAGCUCUUCCUAAGACGUGAUCCUCAGAGCUAUUUCUAUCUAAAUCAAGGCGACAGCGAAGAACUCUCCGGAAUCGAUGACUCCAAACAGUAUAAUGUGGUUAAGAGUGCUUUCAAGACGUUUGGCUUUGGUGUCAAUGAGGAGACAACCAUCCUAUCGAUUGUCGCAUCGGUUCUUCAUAUGGGAAACACUGGCUUUUACGAAGAGAAUGGCGAGGCUGUGAUCGCUCAGCUCAAGACUGUGUCCCAUAUUUGCAAUCUAUUGCAAUGUAAGGAAGACCUGUUGCAACACGCGUUUACUAACCGGACCAUUGAGGCCAGGGGUGAGUUUGUGAGCACUCCGUUGACCAGAGAUCAGGCCAUCUAUGCGAGGGAUGCGUUGGCAAAGGCUGUAUACGACAGACUCUUCUCGUGGUUAGUGAGCAAAUUGAAUGAAUCGCUUGAAUCGCGCGGACAUAAAACCAGAAAGACAUUAAUGGGUUUACUAGAUAUCUAUGGCUUCGAGAUAUUCGAGAGGAAUAGUUUUGAACAGUUUUGCAUCAAUUACUGCAAUGAAAAACUGCAGCAACUAUUCAUUGAACUGACCCUCAAGUCUGAACAGGAAGAGUAUCGGCGCGAGAAGAUUGAGUGGGAACCGAUCGAGUAUUUCAAUAAUCGCAUCAUUUGUGAUCUCAUUGAAGAGCGACACAAAGGAAUUAUUGCUCUUUUAGACGAGGAAUGUCUGCGUCCGGGAGACGCCAGCGAUAACACAUUUUUACAGAAACUUGAGCUUAUUGUGGGAACUCAUCCACACUUUUGUAGCCAUAAUAUUGCGGACAAUAAGACGAAAAAAAUACUCGAAAGAGAUCAAUUUCGACUCAAACACUAUGCGGGAGAAGUGGUGUAUAAUAUCGACGGCUUUCUGGACAAAAACAAUGACUUACUUUAUCGCGAUUUGAAGCGAGCGAUGUGUUCGUCGAGUAAUCCAAUUAUACAACAG